AUGGCACCGUCAAAGGCGGCGUCGCGUAAAAUAUCACAGCAAGCGUUCGACGAAAUGGUGGCAGAAAACAUAGACGACCUCGGCAUGGAUCCGGCUGAAGCUCUUAACGACGCUAUCCAGACACUCACUCUUCAAGGCGUCGAUCUAUCCGGUAUUGUGACCUCCGUUCCGGGAGAAAGCAAUCCGGUUAUCGAGUGUUUGGGGAAAUUGAGAGAGGACAAGCCACUGCCGGAAACUGUAGAAUUAUUGGAUGAGUUGAGCGUUCUGUGUGGAGAUAAUGAAUCCGGAAACGCAGCUAUAGCGUCAAAAAAUGGAGCGGUGGAGUUGGUUAUUUCUGCUUGUGCAAAGCUCCGCGACGAGCAUCGCCGGGGUUUGGCUUCAGGAUUGAAGGCCUUGGCUUCUGUUAUUCAUGAUCUUCAAACUACUGAAAUAUUUAGGGAGAAUGGAGGCCCAAAGAUGGUUGUAGGUAUCCUGAGCAAUGAAAGAGAAGAUGUGAAGAUCUUAGAUAGUUGUUUCUCAGUUGUCACCGCAGCUGCAACUGGAAAUGAAGUUCUCAAGGAGUCAUUCAUGGACUUGAAAAUAGAUGAAUUAAUAUUUCAGAUUCUAAAAGAACAAAAUGGAGGGAGCAUUCCAAGUAUAUAUAAUGUUAUACAUGUCAUCUUAUCAGCUGAUGAUAAUCGCGUUCUAGCCUCACAAGUUUUUGGUUAUGCUCGAAAGUUCUCAAAGUUGGGAAUUGCAGAAGUUCUUGUAGAUUCACUUCGUGAAGGACUUAGUUCUCCCUGUCUAAUAUCAGCUAGCAUAGCUCUGAAAGCUGUGGCUGUGAAUGACGAGAUUUGCAGGUCCGUUUCUCAUGUUGGGGGUAUAGAUGUGAUUCUAAGGUGCCUUGACGAUAGUGGUAUGCAGGGCAACAGUGCUGCAGCUAAAGCUCUCUGCUCUUUGUUGUCUAAGCUUGCAGGAAGUGAUGUAAAUAAGAACCUUAUUGUUGAAAAGGGAGGCACAGAUAAGCUUGUUAAUCUUUCAGCGAGAUUCUCAGAUGAUCCUUUGGUGCUGCAAGAGGUCAUGUCAAUUAUGACCACUCUAUGUUUGAGGUCCCCAGAGAAUGCAGCUCGUGCGAUUGAAUCUGGAGCCGGGGACCUCGCUAUUCAGACCAUGAAGAAGUUUCCUCAGUCGGAUCAGCUGCAGAGGAGCUCUUGUUUCAUGAUCAGGAACCUUGUGGCUCGAAAUGCAGAAAACAGAAAAAUUCUGCUUAAUAACGGCAUCGAGCAACUAAUCCGAAGGGCGAAGCAAAGCCACAAGGGCUGCAAAGAUGCAGCCACCGAUGCUCUUAGGGAUUUAGAUGGAGACGUGGGCGGAGCUGGGGGAAUUUUUUUGAUAUUAGCAUCCUUGUUGAAAAUUCUCGCCUUCAGAUCUCUUCCAGCUAUAUUUGUGGCUCGCAAAGCUUGAAUUAUUCCAUAGAUAUAGGUUUUUUUUUUUUUUUUUCCCUAGAUAUGGUUGGUUACUGUUUUUGAAGAAAUGAUAAGUAGUUGCUGGGAUUGCAUGAAAUAGAGAAUGUUGUUAGAAACUAGUUGCGAAAAAUAUUUAAAAAUCAUUAAAAAGGAUUCCUUCCUGGCAAAAGAGCCACGUGGCGGCUUUCUUUAAUAGUGUUCCUAUGAAGGCGACGCCCAAUAGCAGAAAGCGGUGAGGAAGCGGAGGUUGGAUCGACGCCGCGGCUGAGUACGGCGGUGAACUCCCGUUGGUGGCUGGCGCCGCUGCCGCUCGCUGCAUAUUCCUCGACAAAAGCUGCAAAUUCACAUGGUCAAGGUCAAACCAAUCAGAGGAAUCUAUAUGCCACCUCUCGUGCCUGUCACGUGGCGUGCCACCAUAUACACAACAGAUAUGUACUUAAUUAUCAUCUUACGUUAUUCUCAAAAAAAAAAAAAAUUAUCAUCUUA